ACUUAAUUUCUUGCACUAGGGACUAGGGCGAGGUUGAAGAAAAUAAUGCAGUGCUAAAUAAUCAGUUGAAAUGUUAAGAACCUACAGAAGGAUCUGUAGAGAGAUUUGCUGGAGACCCGCAAGUUAACCAAAAGCAUUUCCCGUUUUUUGAAAAUACACUAAAAAUCACGUUAUAACUAUGAUAUUUACAAUCAAAAUCGCCCGCAGAAGCAUACAGAGCGUUUUAUUUGUUUCUAAAUACUUUAAAUGCACUUUCUUGUACUGGCUGUACUUCAUUGAAUCGUCAUUUAUUUAUUAAACUCGUGAAUGUAGCAAGUGAUUGGGUGGCGUGAAAUUGAGGAUUAUAAUUGAAGAUUGGUACUUUCCAAACUAAUGUAAAAUUGCAAAAGUUACGAAAGGAUUGUAGUUUGCAAAUUGUCUUUUUGCGAUAUCGACAAGACUGAAUCAAACGUUAGAACUAUGGAUUUACUGGGAUCUAUUUUGAAUUCUAUGGAUAAACCACCGACAAUGAGCGACAAGCAGAAGGCGCUCAUAAAAAAACAGAAGGAAGAAUAUGAGAAGCAGAAGAAGAUCGAGGCUGAAAAGAUGAAGAUUUUCCGGCAACAGGUAGAAGAGAAAAUUAAUAAGUUUCUACAAGAUGACAGUGCAAAAGAAUACAAAUUUCCUGCCAUGAGCAAAAUACACAGAAGCGUUGUAUAUGACGUAGCAGAAGUAGCAAAUGUUUUGGCAUAUACCUUUGGUGAGGAAGAUGUCGACAGAUAUAUUAUGAUCUUCAAGAGGGAAUAUGCUCCUUCUGAAGAUCAAUUAUAUAUACUACGUAGAGGUGAAGAAUGGAAUGAAGAAGUUGCCAAGAAAUUGAAGGAAGAGAGAAAAAGGAAAGCUAAGGAAGCGGCAGAGUAUGCAAAAUCUAAGAAAAGUAAAGAGAAAUUUGUACCUAAUAGUUAUUACAAGGAUAAGUAUCAACAUUUGAUUGGCAAAGAGGCUGCGUUGGAAGCUGCUAGGAAGACAGAAGCUAAUAGCAGUUAUGGAUGUGUUCCUAGUGAAAAUAAGAAGGAUCAAAGGAGCAUAGAACAAACUCUAGCUGACAUACGUGCCAAGAGGAGGAAAUUGGAAGCAAAUAACCAAACGAGCAGUUCGAGCGAUAAUAGUACAAAAUAGUGCUAUUAUAUAAAUAAUCUCAUAGGCGUACACAUGAAUUACCUAUGUGCAAUUCAUUGUAAAUAUCUAUUAGGUAUAUUACAACGUUAUUACAGACUGUAUUAUUCGCACUGUUAGGGCACCGUCGCAUUCGUUUGUUCAAUGUAUCCUACAAAGAUGCAUCCUAGAAAAGUUCUACGACGGUGUUACGACUAAUGUGUACCUGCAUUAGACGUGAGACGGAGCGCUUUUGUUCCAUCUCAAUAUGAUAUUGUGUAUUUGCUACACCAAAGCGACUCGGUCACACAUUAUGUACAAUAUAAUACAUUAUUUCGCACAUACAUAAGCACUUUGUCCCUGCGACACUUCUAUCGUUAAAUUUGUAGCAACGUAACGUUUUUAUUCCAGUUAAAGAUAUUCCGUGGU